AUCUGCUUUUUUGAUUUCUUACGGUAAGAGGUUAUUAUUAAUAUAUUUCGAGCAUUUAUACCAUUAGUCUUGACAGAUUUUUAAAAAAAAUGAUAUACCUUUUAUGCCUAUUCGCUCAACAACUUAUACCUCAUCAUAGUCACUAAAACACCUGUGAGCGACAUAACCAUGGAUUUGCCAUCAUCUUUGGUAUACAAUGCCUCAAAUACACAGGGUACACACACAGGGUACUGCACCCUUGAAAUUUCUUAAAGCUUAUGUCUUUAUUUAAAUGCUUCUAACAAGUGUCCGUUAUGGACGUUUCAUACCCUGGAAAUCAGUUCCCGGUAGCGUUUGGGGUGGUAAAGAACGUAAAAUCCCCCGUCUAACUAAUGCGCGUAAAGAAGCGUUUUUGGAUGAGCUUCUUAUUUCCCGCCAAAACCAUAUGUACCUUCAGAAACCGUAUUUCAGUGAAGAAGUUGAAGCUGCUACUCUAGCUGAUGAGAAAAUGCGUGAAUUACAAAUGGAAGACAAGUUUUUCUAUGAUCGAUACGCUAAACAAUUUGAUCGUCGUUUUCCUACGCGUAAUCUGGAAACAUUUUGGGAUAAAUUGUCAAGAACUAAACGUUAUGAUGUUUGA